AUGCAUCUCUCAUACACUGCCAACAGAUUUUUAAAUAAACUGUCAAUGCAUCUCUCAUUCACUGCCAACAGAUUUUUAUAUAAACUGUCAAUGCAUCUCUCAUUCACUGCCACCAGAUUUUUAUAUAAACUGUCAAUGCAUCUCUCAUUCACUGCCAACCGAUUUUUAUAUAAACUGUCAAUGCAUCUCUCAUUCACUGCCAACAGAUUUUUACAUAAACUGUCAAUGCAUCUCUCAUACACUGCCAACAGAUUUUUAUAUAAACUGUCAAUGCAUCUCUCAUACACUGCCAACAGAUUUUUAUAUAAACUGUCAAUGCAUCUCUCAUUCACUGCCACCAGAUUUUUAUAUAAACUGUCAAUGCAUCUCUCAUUCACUGCCAACCGAUUUUUAUAUAAACUGUCAAUGCAUCUCUCAUUCACUGCCAACAGAUUUUUACAUAAACUGUCAAUGCAUCUCUCAUACACUGCCAACAGAUUUUUAUAUAAACUGUCAAUGCAUCUCUCAUACACUGCCAACAGAUUUUUAUAUAAACUGUCAAUGCAUCUCUCAUACACUGCCAACAGAUUUUUAUAUAAACUGUCAAUGCAUCUCUCAUUCACUGCCAACAGAUUUUUUAUAUAA